AUGCCUCUGACCACGCCCCCUCUGACCACACCCCCCUCUGGCCACACCCCUCUGACCACACCCACUGCCAACAUGUCCCGGUCGCCACAGAAACAGCAGAGUGGAGUGACAGCGCCCUCGCCUGGCAGACCACCCCAGAGAGAGAAGCCGUCCCCUCGCCCCUCCACCCCCAAGCAGCUGUGGUCUUCCAGUGGGGGGGAUGUGGGGAACCUCAGGCCCAGUAGGACGGUGCCAGAGGGCCUGUCCUUGUGUCUGAUUGGACCGCAGUCAGCAGGAGGACCUGAGGGAGACCACGGGGGUCUGACCCCCUCCCAGCCCCACCCUCAGACCCUGGGCCAAUCCAGAGCCAGCCCAAACACAGAGUGUGUGGGCAGUCCCACAGCCCAAAGGCCUACAGCUGUCACCACAGACGCAGAGGACGCAGUUCGAAUCCUGGCAGAGAAACGUAGACAAGCCCGGGAACAGAGGGAGAGAGAAGAGGAACAGAGGGAGAGAGAGGAAGAGAGGCAGGUGAAGGAGAAGAUAAGGAGGGAGGAAGACGAGAGACGAGAGGUGGAGGAGAGACGGCAGAAACAGAGAGAGGAGGAGAGUCGUAAGAAGGAGGAGGCAGAGCGAGUGAGGACGGAGAGAGAGAAACACUUUGAGAAAGAGGAGGCUGAACGAAUGGAGAGGAAGAAGCGUCUGGAAGACAUUAUGAAGAGGACCCGUCGCUCUGACCUCGUGGAGAAGAAAGCCACACUCGCAAGAAUGGAGCUGACCCAGCGUCUGUUCCCUCAGUGAGUGUGUCAGGGUCAGGGACCGAGCACAGUGACAGCAACGGUCAUGGAGCCCCCAACCUUGACCCCAGCUCUAACCCCAGCACAGCACUGCUGCCCCCUGCUGACGAGAGGU